UGGCGCCAUUUCCAGAUAUUAUUAUUGGCAGCCAUGAGUUGGGUAACUUUUUGUAGUGGUUCGUUUCAAAUCAAAGACUUUCUCUAUAAAAGCAAAACAGGCAAACUUUGUCAGAAUAAUCCCUUCAAAGUUUUGGCACAACCUUGUUUCUGGAACCGUUACUGCCGUCACAAGAGACGAAUAUCAAAAGUCUUGUUUGUGAUCUCCAACUCACAAGAUGACACCCUUCAAAGCGUGGAAACGGUUUUCAAAGGAGCCAACACAGAAUCGUCUGUGAAAGUUUCUAGUUCAUUUUUCCGAAAACUAUUCUAUCUUGUCACUCUCUUUUGGUCAGGGAAGGAGAAGAGAAAGGCUUGGAUUUGGACUUUUGUGACAACUUCUUUGGCAUUAGCAACAACAUUGUAUGCGGUUUUAUUAUCUUUCAUACAGCGUUUCUUUUGGAAUGCUCUAAGCGCAAAGGAUUAUCAAAGAUUUAGAAAAUUCAUGGGCGUUUAUUUACUAGCUGUUAUUGUUGGACCUCCUGUGGUUGUUCUAUUUGACUGGACAAAGGCACGUAUGAGCCUCGCGUGGCGUCAGUUCCUCACCAAUUUUGUCCUCGAAAAGUAUUUUAGUAACAAAAAGUUCUACAAACUUAUAUUUCAUGGAGAUGUGGAUAACCCGGAUCAACGUAUCGCCGAAGAUAUUCGUUCAUUUACUGAUCGUGCAGUCAACCUGAUGUGUGUCAUUUUUGUGGCAUUCUUUGACUUGGCUGUCUUUAGUUUUAUAUUGUUUCGUAUAUAUCCACCUCUUUAUUGGACGCUUCUAGCUUACUCCACUUUUGGAACCACAGUGACACUUUACUUUGGUAAAAAUUUAAGUUUGCUCAACUCAAAACAACUAUCGAAAGAAGCAGAUCUCAGGUUUGCCCUCGUAAGAGUUCGCGAAAAUGCGGAAACCAUUGCAUUUUAUCGAGGCGAAAAACGAGAGUUGAAGACCCUUUUUGAGCUUUUUGAAGCAACUGUGAUGAAUAUGAUACAUUUGUUACGAUACCAGCGAAAUCUAGGUUUCUUUACUACAGGAUAUCGUUACUUGAUCAACCUCCUUCCAAGUAUGGUUGCUGCGCCAAUCUAUUUUCAAGGAAAAAUUGAACUUGGCACCAUCAGUCAAACUUAUUUUAGCUUCAAUCAUGUGUUAAAUGAUUUGUCGCUCAUCGUGAAUGAAUUUUUUAGCCUCAGUGCAUUCUCAGCUGUUGUCAAUCGAAUAGAAAAUUUCCUGAGCGUCAUUGAAGAAAACGAGUCUUCGGGUAGUAUUGUUCCUGCAGGAGGUUCAAAAUUGUCGAAAUCUUUUUCAAUUUCUAUUCAUAGCUUAUCAACUUCGAGCUUACAAGUGGACAAUCUGACUAUCCGCGUACCCCAAACCUCUAGGACUCUUGUUCGCAAUUUAUCUUUUCAAGUGGUUCCAGGCAAGAAUUAUCUGAUUUGUGGAGAAAGUGGAGUUGGUAAGUCUUCUUUGUUGCGGACGUUGGCUGGACUGUGGAACGAUGGAGAGGGAAAAAUUGGUAUUCCUUCUCCUGAAAGCACCUUUUUAGUGCCUCAAAAACCAUACAUUGUUCUUGGAUCGGUUUUGGAGAAUAUACUAUAUCCAAAAACGGAGAAUUUCGAUACUUUUUCCUAUCAAGAUGUUUCAAGAUUGUUAGAAGAGGUUAAUUUACGUCAUUUAAUAGAGCGUCUUGGGGGUAUCAAUGUUUACAUGGAUCUGAGUAAUAUUCUUAGUCUUGGAGAGCAACAACGACUUGCAUUUGCUCGUCUUCUGGCAAGUAAACCAAAAUUUGUUUUCUUAGAUGAAAGCACAAGUGCAUUGGAUGAAGAUAAUGAGAGAAUCAUGUACAGCUUGUUGAAGAAAAAUAAUAUCACAUUUGUGAGUGUCGGCAAUCGUACGAGUCUCCUAUUCUAUCAUGAUAUUACUCUUCGACUUUUCGAGGAUGGAUCAUGGAAAAUUGAAAAUAUUGGCAAAACCAGCCAAGCUCACUCGUUUCCAUUGGGUCAAUAAAGUUGUCGUCCAUUCGAGUCAUUUAGUGACAGA